AUGGAAGAAACAGCUACCGAAUUACCUGCAGUUACCGCUGCUGAUAACAACAAUUAUAAACAAUCCAAGUAUAAUCUACUCCUAACAAUCCGAAAGUAUCCUUUCGUUAAUAUCCUUAUCGUCAUAUUUCUCGUCAUUUUCUCGAUCGGCACUGUAAAUGAACUAAGCGAUUCUUAUCCAUACUUUUACCCUCUAUUGCGAAUUGCUCCAAAUGCAUCUGUUUUUCAAACUAUUGUGCGACCUGCCAAUAGUUGCUUACCCUAUCGACAUUUAAACAACACACCUACUAAAGUUCCAUCUCCAACGGGAUCAACUCCUCCCAAACCCUUGCCGCCGAUUAUAUGGAUUUCCAUUAUUAACUUAUCGAGCUAUUUACCUGGCCUUAUAUUAUCUGUUGUUUACUCUGUUUGGUCUGACCUGUAUCAAAAUAGAAAGAUUUUCCUGGUAUUGUGUAUAACCGGAUUUCUAUUUCAAGCUGUUGGAUCCGUGCUUACCGUCGCAACCACAGCAUCACCAGCGGCAAUUAUCCCUGGAAAUGUAAUCUCUGGAUUAUUUGGAAAUUAUCCGACGUUCUUAUUUAGUUGUUACGCGUACGUAGUGGAUAUCGAUUUGAAAAUUAGCCGUACAACACGCUUUGUAAUUAUCCAAUUUGUCAUUUUCGUGGCUGAAGCCAUAACUGCAACCACUUCGGAAAGAUGGGCUAAAUACUACGGCUUUAAACCUCCCUUAAUUUUUGCAGUCGUGUUAUUGGCAUUAGCAGUGAUAUACACUGUGAUCUUUUUACAAGCACAUCUUGUUGUUGCUACGAAGAAUUAUGAAAUCAAACGGGCUAAAGAUCAUAUUCCUGACCUUUGGCGUAACUUUCCCAAAUUUUUUAAAACUAUAUACAAACCGGGAGAGGAUGCCUCUAGAAAGUAUUACUAUGCCUUGCUAGUAAUUUUCUUCUUUACUAUGUUUCCAACCACUGGAUUUGCUGAAAUAAUUAACAUAUACCUCGCCGGUUAUCCGUUGUGCUGGAACCUUGAUCAAAUUCUGGAAUAUGAUACUUAUCGUGCUGCAAGUUUUGCAAUUGGUGGUAUCGUCGUCUGGCUUGCCUUCAAAAAGAUUUUAUCGGAAAUGUCAAUUGCUGGUAUUGGUAUGACUUUUUUUACCGUUCAAAUUGGAAUUUUGUCCAUGGCCACGCAUAAUCCCACAGUAUACGGAACUAUUGCAGUAGGAGCUGUUGGCGGCGUAACUUUUCCUUGCAUCUAUGGUCAACUAUCUAGCGUGGUAUCAAAUGAGAAUCAAGGUUUAGAACGAUAA